AUGAAUGGUACCAGUCGCUGUGCUGGUCGAGUGGAGGUUCUUCAUAGAGGUCAGUGGGGAACAGUGUGUGACAUUGGCUGGGAUAUGGCUGAUGCUGCAGUGGUGUGUAGAGAACUGGACUGUGGAGAACCUGUAGAUACUCUAGGUGAUGCUCCUUUUGGACCAGGACCAGGACCAAUUUGGAUAAAUAGGGCCAUGUGUAGUGGAUCAGAGUCAACACUGAAGAACUGCGGGGCAGAUGGAUGGGGUAAACGAAGACCUUGUGAUACUAAAGAUCCUGGAGUCAUUUGCUCAGAGGUCAGGCUGGUUGGAGGUUCUCGCUGCUCUGGGAUGUUAGAGAUCCUUCAUAAUCAGACGUGGAUGUCAGUGUGUGAUGCUGCCUUUGACCAGCAGGAUGCAGAGGUUGUGUGUAGAGAGCUGGACUGUGGGGCUCCUGUACAGGUGCUGAGAGCUGCUGCUUUUGACAAAGGAGAUGCUCAGAUGUGGACACAAGAGAUUCACUGCACAGGAAAUGAGUCUCAGAUUCACCUCUGUCCAACAUCACCUUCACAGGAAAAUAACAGUUCUCAUUACAGUGUUGGACUAGUUUGUGCAGAAAAUGUCAGGCUGGUUGGUGGUCACAGUCGCUGUGCUGGUCGAGUGGAGGUUCUUCAUAGAGGUCAGUGGGGAACAGUGUGUGAUGAUGGUUGGGAUUUGGCUGAUGCUGCAGUGGUGUGUAGAGAACUGAACUGUGGAGAACCUGUAGAUGCUCUGCAGGUCAGGCUGGUUGGAGGUUCUCACUGCUCUGGGAGGUUAGAGAUCCUUCAUGAUCAGACGUGGAUGUCAGUGUGUGAUGCUGCCUUUGACCAGCAGGAUGCAGAGGUUGUUUGUAGAGAGCUGGACUGUGGGGCUCCUGUACAGGUGCUGAGAGCUGCUGCUUUUGACAAAGGAGACGCUCAGAUGUGGACACAAGAGAUUCACUGCAGAGGAAAUGAGUCUCAGAUUCACCUCUGUCCAACGUCACCAGCAGAGAAAAACAACUGUUUAGAUAUCAGCACAGUUGGGCUGGUGUGUGCAGACCAUGUCAAUGUUAGACUUGUAAAUGGUCACAGUCGCUGUGCUGGUCGAGUGGAGUUUUAUCACAGAGGUCAGUGGGGAACAGUGUGUGACAGUUGUUGGGAUUUGGCUGAUGCUGCAGUGGUGUGUAGAGAACUGGACUGUGGAGAACCUGUAGAUGCUCUGGGUGGUGCUUACUUUGGAAAAGGAUCAGGACCAACCUGGAUAGGUUUUGUCACAUGUACUGGAUCAGAGUCUACACUGAAGAACUGUGGAACAGGAAGGCGUUUUGCAAGCUGUGAGCUUGCAAAUAGUGGAGAUGCUAUAGUCAUCUGCUCAGAGGUCAGGCUGGUUGGAGGUUCUCGCUGCUCUGGGAGGUUAGAGAUUCUUCAUGAUCAGACGUGGAUGUCAGUGUGUGACGCUGCCUUUGACCAGCAGGAUGCAGAGGUUGUGUGUAGAGAGCUGGACUGUGGGGCUCCUGUACAGGUGCUGAGAGCUGCUGCUUUUGACAAAGGAGACGCUCAGAUGUGGACACAAGAGAUUCACUGCACAGGAAAUGAGAGUCAGAUUCACCUCUGUCCAACGUCACCAGCAGAGGAAAACAACUGUUCACAUGACAAUAGUGUUGAACUGCUUUGUGCAGAAAGUUUAAAAGUGAGAUUGGUUGAUGGGAACAGUCCCUGUGCUGGUAGAGUGGAGGUUCUUCAUCGAGGUCAGUGGGGAACUGUGUGUGACAUGUUCUGGGAUUUGGCUGAUGCUGCAGUUGUGUGUAGAGAACUGGACUGUGGAGAACCUGUAGAUGUUUUGGGUGAUGCUUAUUUUGGACCAGGAUCUGGACCAACCUUGAUGUCAGUUCCGAUGUGUAUUGGAUCAGAGUCAACACUGAAGAACUGUGGGUCAUGGGCAUGGGGUCAUAAACAUUCCAGGCUCGUCAAUGGAUCUCACCUGUGCUCUGGGAGGUUAGAGGUGGCUCAUGGGAACACUUGGAUGUCAGUGUGUGAUGCUGCCUUUGACCAGCAGGAUGCAGAGGUUGUGUGUAGAGAGCUGGACUGUGGGGCUCCUGUACAGGUGCUGAGAGCUGCUGCUUUUGACAAAGGAGACGCUCAGAUGUGGACACAAGCGAUUCACUGCACAGGAGACGAGUCUUAUAUAUUUUUCUGUCCAACAUCAUCUUCUCUCAAAGACAGUUGUACCAAUGGAAACAUUGUCGGAUUAAUCUGUUCUAGUUAA